UGAGGACCUGUCCUGAGAGUUAGCCCUUUCACCGGGACUCCCACUUGGCCUCAGACAAAGCAGCUGGGACUCUCCAUCAAGGAACUGCUUACUGGAGCUGGCUGCCUUGUAAGGUCUCACUGCUGGGACUGAGCUCACCAAGAGGAAGACCAAACAGAAACCUCUAUGUUUCCAUCUCUGGCACUGAAGACCCUCCUGCCUAUGGCACCUCCAUUCCUCAUGAGAAGCAUCAGCACUAGGACCAAUAAUAGGCCCAAACUAGCCAACAAAGUUGCUGUGAUCACAGGAUCCACAUCGGGGAUCGGCUUAGCCAUUUCCCAGCGUCUGGCCCAGGACGGGGCCCAUGUGGUCAUCAGCAGCCGGAAGCAGCAGAACGUGGACCGCGCCGUGGCCAUGCUGAAGAGAGAGGGGCUGAGCGUGACGGGCACGGUGUGCCAUGUAGGGAAGGCCGAGGACCGGGAGCAGCUGGUGAACACGGCUCUGAAACACUCUGGGGGUGUGGACUUCCUGGUGUGCACAGCAGGGGUCAACCCCUUAGUGGGGAGUACCCUAGGGAGCAGCGAGCAGAUCUGGGACAAGAUCAUGAACAUCAAUGUGAAGGCCCCUGCCCUCCUCCUGAGCCAGCUGCUGCCCCACAUGGAGAAGAGAGGAGAAGGCUCAGUGGUCCUGGUCUCCUCGGUGGCAGCCUAUCUCCCAGUUCCUAAGCUGGGAGUCUACAAUGUCAGUAAAACAGCCCUAGCGGCCCUCACCAAGACUCUGGCAGUGGAACUGGCACCAAAGAACAUCCGAGUGAAUGGUCUCUUACCAGGAAUCAUAGAAACAGAGUUCAGCAAAGUGAUCAGAGAAGACAGAGACUUUUUAGAAAAUGUGAACAGCCUCUACAGAGUACAGAGAUUGGGACAGCCCGAGGACUGUGCUGGACUUGUGUCCUUCCUGUGCUCCCCAGAUGCCAGCUUCAUAACCGGCGAGAACAUCGUGGUGGCCGGCUUCUCUCCCCAUAUCUGAGGGGGCUCUCCAUGCAGGAGCCCCAUGUGCCUGUGCUCUAAGUGUGUGCACUUUCAUUGAAACCCUUCACUGACAGAAAUAAUAAAGAACGUCAGAAAAGAG